GGCCAUCUGAAGAAGUGCUAGCUUACUACUGCCUAAAGCACAAUGAAAUAUUCAGGGACCUUGCUGUGUGUGAGCUAGGGGGUGGCAUGACAUGCUUGGCUGGGCUCAUGGUUGCUAUUUCUGCAGAUGUCAAAGAAGUUCUGUUAACUGAUGGAAAUGAAAAGGCCAUCAAAAAUGUAAGUGAGAUCAUCACAAGAAACCAAAAUGCCGGAGUAUUUAAGGCGCAGAAGGUGUCAAGCUGCAUUUUACGAUGGGAUAAUGAGACAGAUGUCUCUCAACUGGAAGGACAUUUUGACAUUGUUAUGUGUGCUGACUGCCUGUUUCUGGACCGGUACAGAGCUAGCCUUGUUGAUGCAAUAAAGAGAUUACUCCAACCCAGUGGGAAAGCAAUGGUAUUUGCUCCACUCCGAGGGAAUACUUUAAACCAGUUCUGCAAUCUAGCUGAAAAAGCUGGUUUCUCUAUCCAAAGACAUGAAAAUUAUGAUGAACACAUUUCGAACUUCCACUCCAAGUUGAAAAAUGAAGAAAAAGAUAUGUAUGAGGAAAACCUCCAUUACCCUUUUCUUCUCAUUUUAACCAAACACAGAUAGAAGAUGACACCUUUUUUUUUGUCUUAAGGUGGACUACUGAACAUUAGCCCAUGUACGUGGAUGGUCAGGGAGUGGGAAGGGCUCAGUCCAUCCUCCCCCACCUUUGUUCUGGAGUCAUCAUUAGAGAAAUAUUUUUAAUCUGAAUGCUGAGGAGUAUAUCGUGGCUUGUUUCACAGUGUGCAAACAUUGAGAUGUCUUUUUUUGUAUCAUUUAAAAACUUAUUUUUCCAAAUAUAUUCCAAUCAGACUUCACAUGUAUGCAUUAACGAAGAUGUAAAGCUGCUUUUCUCUUUUGUGCCUUUAAACUUCCGUGUACUUUGUUUAUCUUUUUAAAUGUUAUUUUUGGAUUGUAUCUGAAAUUAUGUGAAUAACAUACAUUGUG